AUGAGGCUCCCAAAAGAUACUGCAAAAGGAAAGGUAGAAGUUCUGCAGCAAUACCUCAGGAUCCAUUCUCCUUCACCUGGACCUCGAGGCAUAACUCCCUCUGCCUUCAGUGGGGAAAAGAUACAGUCUUCAUUAAUGAAAGAUGGGGCCAAGCCCAGCACCUCAGGAAACUGCAGCAGAGGAAAAAGCACAUCUUCUCAGAGACAGAAAGGCUCAAGCAGCUCUGCACAGAAAGGAUCUGAAAAAGAAAACCUUAAGCACCCUUCAAAGAGGAGGGUAAACAUUAAAAAACAUCACUCCUACAGCCCUGAAAUUGUUCAGGAAUUUAUGUAUCGAAAGAAUCAAGAAAGAAAGAAAAAAAGCCUAGAAGAGAAAAAGUCUUUGGUGCAGGCCACAGAGAUGAGAAAUAAGAGAUUGCAAGAAGUAUACAGGAAACAGAAAGAAGCUGUUGGAAGGAAAACAUGUUCUGACCAGAUGCGCAAGUUCAUGGGGGAAACAGCUUCUGCCAAAGGAAGUCCUCAGUGUAAACUUAAGCAAGAACAAACCAGUGGUGGAAUCCUGGAGAGGAGUUUCAUGGCCUGGGUGGAUAAAACAUCCUGUACUCUAUUAAGUAAAGAUCACGGAGGCAGGUCAGCCUCACUGCACCGUGGUCCAGAGAGGUUACAGAACCUGGGAGCACCUGGGAGCGCUUUCGAACAUGGAAGGACACCGAUGCUCUGGCUCUCCAGGAAUCAACUUCUAGAAACAGUUCAAUCACCUAAAAAAAGAGAGGCAUUAGCUUCUCCAGCACCACUGGAAUCCGAAUGCUGGUUUCUCAGUCCUCUGAAAUGUCAAGACUUGAGGGACUGCUCUCCCCCAGCUCUGCAUACACCUCCUCUGAGCUUUUCCCUUCCUCAGAAAGAUGCAAAACCUUACUCCAAGGACUUGACUUCUGGUCUUUCUCCAUACAGAAUUAAACAUGAGCGAGUGAAAGCCAUACGUAGUCUAUCUAAGGAACUUGCAGAAAAGAUUGAGAUGGCAACUAAGAGACUGAAUGCAGCAAGCUGGAUUAAAGAGUCUGCUGACAAAACAUUGACAGAGACAACUUUGGACAUUUACAAUGAGUCUUCUUCUGUCCCAGAGCCUGAGACAUCCAAGGAUGAGCAAGACAGGACAAUGACUAUACAAAUGCUUCUGGACACCCCAGAUCCUGAUGUGUUAUGUGUGUCAUCAGAUAGAGAAUCUCAGGGACUGGGCAGGAUUAGCCUUGUGGAUAGCACUGAGGGAGCAACAGCCUUGGACAGACAGAAGGAAAUACCCGCUCCUUUGCCUGGCAGGAGUGCUGCAAGCAAAGAAUUACCAUGGAUCUUUCGUAGCGCAGGACAGAGGCAUCUCAACGCUGGGGAAGACCUGAGCAACACAUUGCAAGGUUUUCCUGUGAAUAAGGGCUCUGAGGUGGACACAAGCCUAUUGCAUGAAAAGCCAAUAACCAGCCCAGCCUCUCCAUCUCACAGAUUCCUCACUAGAAGUCCGCAGAGAGAACUCACAGCUUGGAGGAAUCACUACCCAUGUAAGACUAUUUUGAAAGUUCAGAAUCAAGAGGAGAUUGCCAACCAGUGUCCCAGAGAGAGCCUGAGGACACCGAACAGCCUCAUAUUACAGCCCUCUGAUGCUCUGAGCCCUGGAGCUGAGACUCACGACACCUUUGAGCGGGACUUUGCUUCUGCAGGUGAGGGAGACCCUAGCUGCACAGAACUGGAAGACAAACACAGGAGCCAUCUGAACAAUUUGAGGCAAACCUCCCUACUACUGGCUCACAGACUGAAGGUCCAUCAGCUCCAGCAGAAACAGCAGCUUACAGUGCUGAGGGAGAAAGCAAAGCUAGAAGUUGAAGAAAGCCAGAGGUUUUUGACUGACCUGCUUCAGCACAAUUUAGAGGAGUGCAGUAGCUCCAAAGGCAGUUAUCCUUCAGUGCCAAGAUUGGACCACACAGAGCAAAUGUGGAGAGGAUACCAAUCAGAAGGUGACAAUGCAGCUGGCAGUAAUCAAGGGAUGCAUUCACUGAAACAAUCUGCAUUGAAGAUGGAAAGAGAUCACAGUCCAGUGGAUCCCAAAAUAGUGGGAGAAAGAAAACCUCUGGGAGGAAGGGGUUCAUAUUGCACAGUGCUUCAGGAAGGAUCCCUGCCAGCAGAGCACGGGGAGCUGCUGCACGACCAUGAAACCUCGAAUCUGUUGCCACCUCCGGUGAAUCUGCUCCAUGGGGAGAUCUGUGCAGGGGACGACUCUGGAGAGAGCAGCGAACAGGCCAGCUCCGACAGCCAGUGGAGCGAAGUCGGCCGGCACUAUGGAGGUUCCAGCACUUUCUGCCGUUUCAGCUUGGCCAUGGUGGAGCAGUGUCUGAGGGGAGAAGAGCUGCGAGCUCGACACCAGGCCGCCCUCCUCAAGCUCCGCAAAAAAGCUCUCCAGGAGAAAGCCAAGGCUGAAUUGGCCUGGCUGGGCCACCAGAAACGCUGCCUGGAAAACCUGCGAGAUUGUAAGGGAGCGUCUGCCAUGGCCACAAAGCAGCGCAAAAUCCUAACGGAGCUGAAACAGGAGCAGGCAGAAAUCCAACACCUGCAAAAUAUCUACAGGGCAGCCCAUCAAGAAAGAAAGCUUUUAUUAAAGCAGCAAAGAGAAAUCUUAAUGAUGCGGCAUUCUACAGCACAAAUCCAGGAAAAGCUGCAUAAUAUGGCUGGGAAGCAAGAGGUUAUUAAGUCACAGUCAGUAGAUGUCUCGCUUACAAGGAGCCCAGCAACUGAAGAAGCAAUAAAGCUGAAGACAGUGAGACUUAUUUCUAGCCCAAAGUUAUAUUCCUCUUCAGCAGAGUCUACAGCCCACCCAGAAAGGCUUGAUCUGUCAGGGAAUAGAGAAAGUUGUGUCCAGCUAAAGAAUAAACAAAGCAAGAAAUAUGAGGGCUUUUCUACUGAGAACAAGAAAACACCGGUACAGUACCAGAAACAGGCAGAGGAGUCCCCAAGUUCGGAGCAGUCCCUUGCUGUGCAAGGUCCUGAUGCGUCUGAGAUGGUGGCCGAGAAAAUGUGUGGUGCUAGUAGUCAAACCACAGGCUGGGUCUUUAUGAUUAAAGAUUGCAGAAACACAGAGUUUAAUGCUCAGGAUCAUGUUUUAUUACCUCUGGAACAUGCAAAUUCAGCUAGAAUGGAUGAACCUAUACCCACACCCAUUACAAGAGAAGGCAGAAAGUGUGCAUUUCUGGAAUCUGUUCUGGAGGGAAAGGCACUUAUUUCAAACCCAAAGAUAGAUCCUAAAGACAAUGAAGAUAUUAAUCCAUGCGACAGCAAGUUCACAGUGAAAGGCUUGGAGAUGCUUUCUACUUUGUGUAACUUAUGCCUGGUUCAGGCAGAAAAUACUCUUCAAGGAACUGGUGAUGCUACAUCAUCCUUAGAAGAUCUAGAGAAAGAGUCUCUGAUAGUGGAGAAAGCACACAAGGAGCAGAGAAGUCAUAAAACUCUAAGAGAAGAGCAGGACCCCUGCAAUCUGUUUCAGGCUGGGAAAAGGAAGAAAGCUCUUUCUGAUGAUGAUGAAGAUGAGGAAAGAAGAUCAACACUGAUUUCAAAUGAAGCUACAUUAGUGAAAACCUGGUUAAGAAAAGAAAGGUCAUCAGAAGAACAGAGAUUCAGCACAGACUCUGAGGGAAAACUGGAAAUCACACAUAUAGAUGAAAAAGCACAUACUGAAAUGCCUUUGUCAGAAGUUAAAGAAGUGGAAGUGCCUGUCCCUUAUGAGAUCUAUCAGGUGGAUGGUAGUCAGUGUUUGAAGCAUAUGGACCAUAUUUCUCAUGAAGCUUUUUAUGAAGAACUAAAUUUUAAAGCAUUUUCCGAAGGAUUAGCUUCCACUGAAUCAUCGUCCAAGUCAAACAAAAUCUCUCUGAGAUGUGAAAGUGCCAAAUCAGACUCUUCACUCCCAGAAUUUCAGAAAGUGUCUGCAUUUUGGAUUGACAUCUUGGAAAGCUCCAUUUCAGACUCUGAAUUAGAGCUGAAAAAUGGAGAGGACACAGAUGUCAAUAUCCCAGAAGAGUUUGUCUAUGACAAUGGUGAUGCAUUUCCUAAUGUUUCAAAAGAGAUGCUAAUAGCAAUAAGUAAUGGAAAGGAAACAUUACCUAGUGACAAACACUAUGAACAUGAAGUGCCCAAAGAUGACAGCACUGAGACUUCAUCACACUCCCAGAAAUACCCUGGAGAUGUUUCAGAUCAUGGCUGCACUGAUAAUUUGCUUGCUUUCAUUCCAUCAGACAAAGCAAAUGCAUUCAAAACAAAGUCGGCAGAUUCCUCCCAAUCUGAUAACCCUGCCAAGGGAACGGAUAAGCCACAUCUGGAUGCCUCAGAAAACCACAGUAGAAACAAAACCUGUUUUCAGGAGAUCACAAAACAGGGUAAAGAUGCAGUUGCCAGUUCUUCAUGCAGUAAUGAUAUUUACUCACCCAAGAUCUAUGAACAGCAGAAACCUAGUUCUACAACUAGCAGAGUGAAAAAGGAUGGUGGAAUUAACAGUUUAUUUGUGGAUCAAAAUAGAGACCUAAUGGGGUUUCCGCUGACAGGUUCUUUGAAAUAUCUAGAUUUGGCUACUGACCAGCUUGGGAACACUGUCUCCUUUCCACCUGACAAAGAUACUACAAAUAACAAACUAUUAGCAUGCCUAACUUCAAGAAACUUCUCAGUUUCAGGAGGCAAAAAGAAUCAUGCACAGCUUCUGAACAAGAGACUCGCAUCCAACAAAUUCAGUGAGAUUGUAUCUCUGUCCACAUCCAUGCCAGGAAUUUCUGAGGAAGUCCAUACAGAAACCAAUUCAUUUGAGCCUUUGCAAAGGGUGGCCACAGGAAAUCAAAAUAACUCAACAACUGAAAGGCAAGCCAUAAAGGAAGCAAGGAGGGGACUGUUUUCUUCUGUCUCCUCAAAAAAGCAAUUGUUUCAAUCUGAGAACUGCUCUUCCAAAGGUGAAGAUGAUACAAUUUUUAUUAGUGAUGAGGGUCUCCCUCCAACUGAUGAGGAUACCUUGUCAGAAAUACUGUCUCCUGUUGAUGAAGUAUUGUCCUAUGGAAGUGCUGACUUGCCAUCCUCUAAUAAAAAGGAUUUGUCAUUUCCAAGUGAAGAUCUUCCUCCUCCCCCUUUAGGUGCAGAUGCAAUGAAAAAUGAUGAUUCUACCUUCAGUAUGGAUGAUUUCCCAUCUCCACCAGAACAAAUGACAGUCUCAGAGACUAGACAGUGUAUGGAUGAAGAUGUAUCACUGAAAAUGGAUGCAUUACCCCCAUUACCUGAUAACUCUGUGCCUGAAGAAUUUCCCCUGCUCAAUCAAGAGACAACUGAUGCUGUUUCAACUCAGGAUGGUAGUCUCUCAGAACAACCUUUAGUUAAAGAUAUUUCCAGUGCAAAGGAGGGCUUAUUAGAAUACCAACAAGGAGAACAUGAGACACCUUUGCAGCAUUUGGAAUUUCUGCCUGUGUCAAAUCCUAUUUCUUCUGGUCAGGCCAGUAAAAGUCCUGACUUCACGAUGAAACAAUGCAAACCAUACUUAACACUGCCCAAAGCUGAGGAGGACAGUGAUGACCCAUUAUUAUCAUUUGAAAUUGGGGACAGAGUGUUAGUAAAACAGACCCAACCUGGAACCCUAAUGUUCAAAGGACGGACUUAUUUUGAUAGUGGCCAUUGGGCUGGUGUUGCACUUGACAAAGCUGAAGGUGAUAAUGCUGGAACUUACAAAGGGGUGAAGUAUUUUGAGUGUGCUCAGCAGUGUGGUAUCUUUGUCAGACCUGAUGAGAUUUCACACCUGUUGGGGACUAAUGAAAAUGGUUCCAAUUACACUGGGGAUGAAGACUCUGACUCCUAUGAUGAUGAAUCCUUCAAAGGAGACUGCAAAUACUCUGAUGAGCAGGGAGGAGGGCUUACAAAGCAGAAAUCAGAAGACAAAAACAGUGCAGGUGGAUCAGAAAUGAAAGAAAACCAGUCUAGGUUACACAUGGCCUUGCUGUCUGGAAAAGGGCAAAAGCUUCCACAUUCUGACUGGUGUAAGUGUAAUGAAUUCCUCUGUCAAAAUAACUUAACAUGCUUGGGAUCAGAUAAAGAAAAACCAGGACUGACACAAAUAAAACAAAGGAUGCUUGCAGAUGUGCUUCCAAUGAAAAGUCAGACUGGUAACACAGAUGAGGUAAACACAAGCAGAAAUAUUUGUUGCGUGGUAGAGGAUCAGAAAAGAAAUAAACUUGCUGAUGAUAUUGCAAGUGAACUCAGUAAAAAACUUCUGUUUGACACUUUAAUUGCAUUUUCUGAAACAGCUCAACACAAAUAUAAAAGUGCCUUUGAAAAAGAUGUGAUGAAUAAUGGCAAAGGCCUAAGACAAGAAGACAAUCAGAAAGAGUUUCUACUCAAAGAAAAUUCAGCUGCUAUCUUAUCUGAACAAUCAGCAAAGGUUUCUGAUGUUUUACUGUGUGAUUUUGAUAUGCUUAGCAUUCAUGGUUGUCACACAGUAGCAGAAAGAAUUGUAACUAAAUUUGUAGAUGAUGCAGUUAAAGAAUAUAAGAAGAUAAAAAGAAAACAUGGAUCAAAAGCAGACAAGAUAUUUCAUUCAUCUUUGGAGACUUCUCCAACCACUUUGCCAUUCCUUAUAGAAAUCCUUGAUGCUGGUGUUUUUGGAAGCUCUGAAGACUUUGAUCAGCCUAAUUCUGACCAGCAUAUGCUGGUGGGACAAACACAAAAGCAAUACUUGUACAAAUCAGAUCAGUGGCACUCAGCUCCUUGGAAGAAAAGUGUGGAAGUUUCUCUUGUGAUACCACAUAACAGUUCAUACGUUAAGAAACUGUCUGCAUAUGCUGUAGAAGAAUUAUGGACCCCAGAAAACAUGUAUUCAAAUUUCAGGAGAAUCAAUGUGCCAAAGCACUUCGAAUGUAACAAUCUCCCAGGGAACGAUUUGGAAACAGAAAGCAAGAGGAUGUAUAAUCAGGUUAUAUUUGAUUUGACCCGUGAGUUGCUACGUGCAGAAUAUCAAGUGACUGCAAAUCCAAAUACAUUUCCAUGGAUGAAAGAAAAUUUGGGAUCUUGCUGUUCCAGGCGUCUUUGCAGGAGAACAGAUGUCAGUGAGGUCAAGACGUUUGUUCAGGGUGAAAUUAUUAAAAUAAUGAACCUGGAAAAGAAUGACUUAGAAAUGAAAAGGAAAUUCCUUAAUAUGACCAAGUAUGGAAACUGUAAGAGAGACAGAGUGGACCUUAUGCUGAUUCAGGAGCUCCGCAAAGAAGAAUCUUGGUGGACUUACUAUGAUGAUGAUGAAUUAACUGUGAAGAUGAAAAUGACUGAAGACAUAUUUGAUAGCUUGAUCCUUGAUACAAUCAGAGUUCUUAAUAUGAUUUAUCUGAGAAAAGCCUGUGAUUAAAAGUUUUCCCUAAAAGGCCCUAAUGGAGGAAUUUUAAGCUCUGAUUUUUUUAGGCAAGAAAUGCAUCAUUUAAGAAUUUUAAUUCUGAACUUGUACCCAAUAACACUGUGGCCUUGGCCUAAUUUGUAUGUUCAUGUUUACAAUGAAAGGAUGUAAGCAGAGACUUAAUCAGAUAGAGAAAUAUAACACAAAAUAUUCUCCUUGUGUUUUGUGCUUUGGGAAUGCUCAGUAAGAUCAAUGGUCGUUUUAGACUGAUGUCACACAGAAUGUAAAGGGUGGAAAUUUUAUUCUUGUCUGUUGGGUUUUUUUUGGUCAAGAUAGCACUUUAUUCACUUAUGCAUUUUUAAGAGCACAACAUGUUUUAAAAUUGUAUACAAGUCAAUACAAACAGGGUUCAAAACCAUUCUAUGUGUAAAUUAUUUUAUUCUCUGUUAUCAUGUUCAGGUUGUGAAUGAUAAGUGAAUCAUUUUGAAAAUAACAUUCAGAAAAUCGUAGGUGACUCUCUUAAGAAUGUAAAUGUGCAGACAGAAUUAAAUCUAGAAAUUGAAUUGUGGACCUCUGUAGUUUGGAAUAAACUCCCCUGUCUGGAACAAGUCUAAAACCUUUCCUGAUGGGUACAGCAAAGUUAAAGGUGACUGUGUGCCUUUUUUUUUAAAAAUUUUUUUAAUAUGCUGUGCAACUGCUUAAAAGUAGCCUGGAGAUGGCUUCAGAGAUGUGGCAUAUGGAAUGAUUGUGCCCUAGCAGGAGCUAGAGUCAGACAUUCAGCUGUAAUGUCUAUAACUGUAUGUAAAUGAGACAAAUACUGAUGUAAUGCACUUUAAAUGGGAUACUUUUCUAUCAGUAACUCCAAUUUCUGAAAACUAAAUAUGUGCAUGUGAAUUGCAUGAUAAAUAACCUAACCACGAGCCCUUUGCAUUCUUACAACAUCUAAACAUAGGGUGCUGAGUAUGUACUUUAAUUGGCAAAAGAGAGCAAAUCAAUAAUCCUACUCUUUUGUAUUGGCAAAAUUGGAAAAAAUCAAGAUUUUUAACAAGGAAAUAGAAGCAUUCCCUGAGCAUGGUAAUUGUUCACUAUGUAUAUUGCUGUGGUCCAACCUAUUUUGCAUUGAGAAGACCAAUGAUACUUUAUUUUUUAGGGGUUUUUUUAAGUAAAUACUGUGCAAAUAUUUCUUACUGGAAUUCAGAAACUGUUCAUUACAGUAGAUCUGAUUUAUUCAAAUCCCAUUCAUUCGGGGUGUCUUUCAAAUAAAAAGAAAAGCAGGACAAUCAAGUAUAAACUAUAUAUAAACUUAUAUUUUAAAUAACAAUAUUUACAAUCUGCUUUUGGUUGGAAAAAUAGAAAUACAUUUAAUGUUUCUAUUUUUAAAUACUGAUGGCUUAACUGUUUUCAUACUGAAUUGUUUGUUUUCUGAAUAAACAAAAUAAACCCCCUGUAUCUCAUUUUUAUUCCUUUUACUGAAAUUGAUUAGAGUUGCAGAUUAUACUGGACACACUGCUGUUCUCAUUAGCGAAUGGGAGUAGUUUUGCAGACAGCUCCUGGUGAUGUUAAAAAGCCCUAUCCUGCUAGUUGCCAUAUGAACAGAAAUAAAAAGGCAACUUCUGCCCCAAGUGCAUUAACUGUUGAUCUUAUCCUAUAAACUAUUUUCAUGUCCCUAGUGGUACAUAUUCUUAAGUCUCUGACUUUGAUCCUCAUUGAUUAAUUAAUCCAAAUAAGUUAUUUGUUCUAAGAUUAAUGUUUUCUUGUUGUCAGUUUAUAGUAGAAUUUAACUCAAUUUUUUUUCCCUGGACUUAUAGACAAAUUGUUGGAUACAAUGAUAAAUCUAUAUAUUGAAGCACUACAGUUUUUCAGUUUAUUGUCACCAUGGUUUUGCAGCAGCAGCAGGUUUCUUGUGUUCAGAAUGAAAGCUAUUAAAAAUAUCACUUACGAAUAGUGAUAGUGAAUGAA